CAAAGGCCGAGGCCCGGCCCGCUAGGCUGAGGGGAUCGGAAGUCCAAUGUUCUUAAGGGAUUGGGUGCAAAAGUACUUGCAUUCGUGCAACAUGCCUCAUCUGAUGCACAUAAUGUUCGGCUCUCAGAUGGCCCACGAACCGCCAUUUGAUGGCGCUUUACGGCAGAAGAACGAGUCGCGGCGCCUCCAAUAUGUCUGGAGAACGCAUGACGCAGAAGUGGUAGAAACUUGGAGAAGUGGUGGACAUGGCAGCUCAUGAGGCUGAGAAUGAGCGGCCAGUGAAGGCUGCCAAGUUGACUGAUCCUUCAGAGUCUUCUUCUGGCGCGGCUCUGCAGCACAAGUGGCCGGACAUUGCACCAUGGGCACCAGGAGAGAUCAUUCUUCUCCAGGUGACGGGCUGUAGCAACCUGUUGGUGUCCAAAGUGAUUCAAGGCACAUACAAAUCGGUGGGUUCCAAUCAGGACAAGCCGGUCUAUGAAAAAAUGGGGGACACGAUUGCCUCGCUGGGCUCCUUGAGACCAUGUAUUUACUACUCUGACCAAGGCUCUGAUCGAGCAUGGUGCUUGGGGUCGAAUGUGGAAGCUGGGAUAGUUUGGUUCUUCAACCCCAACCUUGCUAUCGAGAACCCCUUGGAGCCGCCAACAGAUGGUUGGAGGCUUCCCAAUGGCCCACAGGAUCGGAGAUUGCGAAUCAUGACCAUUGGACAAUAUUCAAAUAUCACCGAACUUGUUGAUGCUUUAUCCCAAGCACAAGAGAAUUCUCGGCAGUGUGAGAAGCUUCUUGCAGUUGAGCGCGAGAAGCUCCAGGAUGCUGAAAAGAAGAUUCAGGAGAUGCAAGAGGAAAAGGAGCAACUAUCAGCUCACCUGGAGGAGCAAAGGCGCGUCUCCAGCAUAGCUGGCAGCAAUGCUGCAUGUUGGAAGUAUUUGGAGAAUGGCAACUGGCACGCAGUGCCACCUGAAGCAAACGAUCAGAUGCAUCAAGCCUACUUGGCCUAUCUUCGCAAUCCAAGCCCUUAUAAUCGAUAUGUGACCAUCAAUUCGGCCGGUGUAGCUCGCUACAUUGACUUUCAAACGAUGAAACAAGUAAGACUUGACACCAAAAUGGUUCGCAAGAUUCAGAUCUUUCCUGGAGUGCCGGCACAGUGGGUCACCACGCCUGCUCGCUUGUUGCAACAGACAGAUGAGCUGAAAUCGUUUUUUGUCAAAGUCACUGAUCCCCACAUUCAGGACACAGUGCGUGAAAUUCUACGGUUCACUGGUCAUGGGCAGGAUUCCUCUCAAAUUUGUUCUUUAUUGUGUAAUGCAGAGGUCAAAUCAGUGCACCGUGUUGAAAACUGGAGGCUGUGGCAGGGAUACAAACUCAGACGUGAAGCUUUGCGAAAAGAGCAUGCAAGUUACAAUGUGUUGGUUGCACCUGCGGCUUUGGACCUUGAUGCAUUUGAUGCUGGCCAUGGCAAGGUCAUGACAAGCAACCAAAAAGUGUUUGACUGCGGCGAGGCCCUGGCAGCAGAUGUAGAUGAGAAAAUUUUGUUGCAUGGCACAAGUCGCGAAAAUGCAAAUUCUAUUGCUGUGAAUGGCUUUGACCAUCGGACAUGCGACCGUGGCAUGUAUGGCAAAUGGUGAUGGAGUCUACUUUGCCUCGGCUGCAUGCAAGUCGCACCAGUACACAUGUCCUAAUCAUAACUUGGCCUGUGGCUGCAGGCGCAAAAGGAUUUUGAUCAUUGCUCGUGUGGCGCUGGGUGAUUCCUACCACACCAAGGAAACCCGAAUCAAUACUCGGAGGCCACCAGUGAGAAAUAGUACCACCGGCGUCACCUAUGACUCAGUUGUUGUCAACCCUGGUCCAAUCAAGGGCCACCACAACACCACUCAGGUGCAUCAAGAGUUUGUGGUGUGCGACAGGGAACAGGCGUAUCCGUGCUAUGUGGUUGAGUAUCGUGUGUGAUGUGACAGAGUUGCAGGGCAGAGUCGGCAGAGUCGACUUCUCAGCUUGAC